GCCCCCAGCGGCAACUUCUUGGCUGCGCGCACGGCGGCGUGGCGCGGUCGCCAUGGAGACGCGUGGUCCUGGCGGGCAGUGAGCGCCUGGAGCCCGCCCGGUGCGGGUCCUCGGCUGUUCCAGUCGCAGGUUGCGGUCCCGCGGGCGGAUGGCCGGCCGUGGUGGGGCCGGGGCGGCGGAGUUUGGCGAGGAGGGCGAGGACGAGGAGGAUGAGGAGGAGGCUCGGGAAGGCGGCGCAGAGGGCUCCCCCGGGUCCAAGCUGCCCCCCAUCGUGGGCAACGCCUCCGAGCUGUCCAAACGGAAGGUGAAGAAGAAAAAGAAGAAGAAAAAGACCAAAGGGUCCGGCAAGGGCGACGCAGAUAAACAUCACAGUCGAGGCCGGAAGAGUCAGCCGCUUUCUUCAUCUUUCCAUGACAUCUUAAAUCCCCAGAAAGACCAAGGUUCGAGGGCAGAGCCCAGGGACAAAGAAGAUAACAGGCACAGCCUUCCCUAUUCGUGCAGCGUCAGCCGCCCCACCCUAAGCGAAAUAGAAGAGAGCCUUUCGAACCAGAUCAACGAGAGCCUGCGCUGGGAUGGCAUUCUCACCGACCCCGAGGCAGAAAAAGAAAGGAUCCGCGUCUACAAGCUGAACCGGAGGAAGCGGUACCGGCUGGUGGCCCUCAAGGGCUUCCAUUCAGAUUCCUGCAUGGAGGAGAGCCUGGAGAACCUGCCCUACCUCUCAGACAAAGACUGCCGCCCCAGCAGCAAGGAGCCCUGCUCCAAGGGCGACCAUGCGCAUAGCUGCUUUGAGGCAGCAAAGCUCCUGCACCCCGAGUUAGACACCACGGCAGCAGAGUGACAACUGUCCGCCCCGCCGCCCAGCCCCUCUUUGCCACCCAUUUAUACGUUUAAAAAGAAUCAUAAUAAAGAGAAGUCAGACC